UCGGGGUUUUAUCUAUAGCUCUCUGUCCCCUCUAUUCCCUUUUGCUCUCAUUGUCGCGCCCGCUCGCUCGCUCCGCUCGUGCCCUCUUUGUACGCACACGUGUGGCACACACCGAACCCCGCGUACCUACCAGCGAGACUACGCGGUAUCCGGUGUGAUCGCUUGCUUUCGGUGCGGAGAAACAAAAAAAAAACGGAGAAAAGACGAACGACGAGAAGACUUAAGUAUCCUCGCUGGAACUUGUUUGGUGUCGAACUCCUAAAUAUCGCAAAUCCGCUGACAAUACCGAUCUGGAUAUUCUUCAAGUGGCGCGAGAUACGUGCGCUAUCGACGAUCUCGCGUAAAUUCCCCAUUUCGUGCUGUGAUAAUUCGUGACGCGUGUCGAUCACGAUCGACGAUUGCGCGACCUUGAUUGUGUGCUCGCAAAGAGCAGAAGUUCGGAAAGUUCGCGGGUCUGCACACCCGCCAGUACCCACGAUCACCCGCGCUUAAUUGUUCACCAAUGGUUCAUAUUCUGGAAGUGGUAUCGUCGCGUCGGAACGACCUGCAGAUGAUGAACCGUCCUAUCCAAGUGAAGCCAGCGGACAGUGAAAACCGCGGAGACAGAAAGCUGUUCGUUGGUAUGUUAAGCAAGCAACAAACUGAAGACGAUGUGCGACAGCUGUUUACUACCUUCGGUUCAAUAGAGGAGUGCACCAUCCUCCGUGGACCCGACGGAAGCAGCAGAGGCUGUGCCUUCGUGAAACUUUCCUCGCACCAAGAAGCACUGGCAGCAAUAAACUCUCUACACGGUAGCCAAACUAUGCCGGGUGCGUCAUCCAGCAUAGUGGUAAAAUUUGCAGACACUGAUAAAGAGAGACAAAUAAGACGCAUGCAGCAAAUGGCCGGGAACAUGAGCAUCCUUAACCCCUUCUUCAAUCAUUUCGGCGCUUACAACGCUUACGCUCAGCAGCAAGCAGCGCUCAUGGCAGCAGCGACUGCACAAGGAACGUACAUCAAUCCAAUGACCGCGUUGGCUGGACAAUUACCGCAUACAUUGAAUGGCAUGCCAAAUCCGGUGGUUCCGCCAACCUCUGGUUUGCUCGUAGGUACCGGCACAGGGCAACCGGUUAACGGAGCACUACCGUCGUUACCGUCGCCAACGAUGCCCAAUUUUAACAUGGCCGCUCAAACGCCGAACGGCCAGCCAGCAGGCUCGGAUCCAGGUGUCUACACCAACGGAAUACCGCAGACUUAUGCGGGACAUGCCCUCCAUCUGUCCAUUCCAGCGCAGGGGUUGGCCAACGGGGAGGCGGCACUUCAGCAUGCCGCCGCGUAUCCUGGAAUGCAGGCUUAUGCUGGAGUGGCCGCUUACCCCGCCGUCUACGGCCAGUUUCCUCAGGCUAUUCCUCAGCCGAUGACCGCGGUGGCACCCACGCAGAGGGAAGGAUGCUCUAUCUCAGGACCCGAGGGCUGCAACCUGUUCAUCUACCACCUGCCCCAGGAGUUCGGUGACGGCGAGCUCAUGCAGAUGUUCAUCCCGUUUGGCAACGUCAUCUCAUCCAAAGUUUUCAUCGACCGGGCGACCAACCAGAGUAAAUGCUUUGGUUUCGUGUCGUUCGAUAAUCCAGCGAGCGCGCAUGCAGCGAUCCAAGCGAUGAACGGCUUCCAAAUAGGGAUGAAACGAUUAAAAGUCCAAUUGAAGAGGCCCAAGGACGCCAGCCGGCCAUACUAACCCACGUCCUAGCCUAGAAAAUCUGGACGAGUCGCGCCCUAUGUCGUAACUAACAGAAUGUCGUCCGAGAACGUGAACUCGAUGGACGCUCGACGAUCAGGAGUGACGAGUUGAAUCACCGUUACAACGCUCUCCGCCGUAACAACUUAGUAUACUAGCUAGUUAAUUCAUUAGAGGGUAAAAAUUUAGAAGUCAGUAGGACAGCAACGGCUUCAACGUCGUUGAAGUUCGUGCGGCGGCGGCGGCGGCGAAGAGGCUGAAACGAAUGCGAUGAAGGAUGUUCUGCGCUGAACCCAGUCCGAGAAGAAGAGCUGAAGAGAGAAGAGGACGAGACACGCUGAGACGACGUUUCCCAGAUGUUCAGAUAAUCGGAAUCCAUCGAUAGGCAACAUCGGCUUUUCCCCUGUCUCCUUUUCGUCCAAUCCCACACUACAAAUCUGCAUGUUUCUUUCUGUCCUCCGCGAGUCUAGCCUCUGGUCCCUACUGCCAGGUGAGAGAUUACGUUUGAACUCGAGGACGAGGGCGCGAAUGGACAUGAGCGUGCAGCGAAACCUGUCGCGAACAUUUCGAGGAUCCGGAGAGAUCUGCCAGAAGCACUGGAAAUAUUAAAACCGAUCAUGUCGUCCGGAUACAUGGCGACACCGUUAUAGUUACACGCGCGAGUCACGACAUCGCGCCGCGACGAUCGUCCAGCCGACAUCAAACCGACAAUAGCUAAAUCACGAAAUAUCCCGUCGAUAAAACACUCCUAGGAGUCUCGUCGUGUUCGUUGCCAGUCCGCCGAUACAAAGCGCGGAAAAGAUGCCAUGACAGAGGAAAAUUUGCCCAACUCGUACAUCCGGUCAGAUUGAUCCUCGACGAGGACCCUCGACGAGGCCGGAUCGUCGUGUCCGUCGGCCGGAUAGAACAGCUCCGACGAUCGCCGUAGUACGAGAGGCUGGCGAAUCUUCUAUACUCGUACGCAGCGAACGAUUUAGUCGUCGCGAUGAAGAUCCUGCGCGACAACGACGACGACGGGACGGAUAAAUAAUCCCCGCGCGACUGAUGAAAGUAGGAUAAAAUGCAGGCUCGUCCCGAAGACGCGGAUGAGGUCCGAUAUCUCUCUCCCAAAAAGACAAAUGUCAAUCAUACGCUAUACAGGGUGCUCGUCUGACGAAACGCGUCUGAAAACUUUGAAAAAAA